AUGAUCCGCAUAGAUGGCGUGAGUAGUGCAAGCGAGCGUGCACAGGUCACCGAGAAGGAUGCGGCAUUGGCUUUGGUCAGUGAUGUGGCACAAGAGAUUGAUCCGGUGAUUGCUAAACGAGUGCUGCGGAAAAUUGAUCUCUAUUUUAUGCCUGCUAUGCUGAUAGGGUAUGGCAUGGUUUACUAUGACAAGGCUAUUUUAGGUAGUGCUUCUCUUUUCGGAAUGACCACGGACCUGAAGCUGUCAGUGGUCGACAAUUCAACAACACCUCCGUCGGUAGACACAUCGCGUCUCAGCUGGGCCACUUCCAUCUUCUAUUUUGGCAUGCUGGCAGGCCUUUACCCGAUGACUCUCGUCCUUCAACGAUUUGACACACGUUGUGUUCUUGGCCCCAUCGUACUGAUCUGGGCCAUUGUUUGUGCAGCCACCGCAGGUGUGACAACUUGGCAGGGGCUCUUUAUCCAGCGGUUUUUUCUCGGCAAGUUUCUCUCCAGCCAUUACUAUACGCAAAAGGAACAAUCUAUGAGACAAGCCUGGUGGUUUUCUGGUACUGGUUGGUUUACCAUCAUUGGCGGUGCCCUGAACUAUGGAUUUGGCCAAAUUUCAUCGGGAUCUUUAGCCAAAUGGCAGUACAUCUACAUCCUUGCGGGUGGCUUGACCUUCAUAUUCGGCCUCUGGUGCUGCACUAUGCCAAAUUCCCCAGUAUCGGCCUGGUUCCUGACUGCCGAGGAGCGAUUUGUCGCCGUGGAGCGCCUUCGAAAAGGGCAGACCGGGGUCCGAUGCCAGAAAAUCAAGCUGGGCCAUGUCAAGGAAGCGUUUACGGAUGUAAAGCUGUACUUGAUCGCCAUCAUGAUGGCAGCGGCUUACACCAUCAAUGGCGCUAUCUCCGGUUUCGGACCUUUGAUCGUUUCAACCUUUGGAUACGAUACUUUGGACUCGAUUCUCUUCCAAUUUCCUGUCGGGGCCGUGUGUGUUAUUUUCAUUCCCCUGUGUGGCUACAUACCGACAGUCAUCCCGAAUACACGCAUUCCAAUGCUCAUAGCCUGUUGUCUUCCUGUCAUUGCUGGAUGCAUCAUGAUUUGGAAAUCAGAAUGGGGGUACCAGCCCACAACUCCAGUUGUCGGCUACGCAUUGACAGGAUUUUUCGGCCCUGUAGUCAGUCUGGUGAUCACUCUUGGCGCUAGCAAUGUUGCUGGUGCGACAAAGAAAUCAAUCAUGGCAAGUAGCACCUUCGUUGCAUACACCGUUGGAAAUAUCAUUGGACCACAGCUUGUCAAGAGUACCACCAAGGUCCAGCAUUACCCCGAGCUGUGGCAAGGCAUGAUCAUCUGUUACUGUAUCACGAUUGCUGCGGCGGUUAGCCUAUACGUUGUCCUGUGGAAGGAAAAUCGGCAUCGAGAUACAUUAGAGUUGGAUGAAAUUCAGCGUGACAAGAUUGCCUUUGAUGAUCUUACUGACAAACAGAAUCCGUUCUUCAGAUACGCUCUAUAG